AUGCGAGAGGAAGCCACCUGGAUGCACCCUCGGUUGCGAAACUGGCACCUGCUGGACAAUGUCGUCGUUCGGAGGCGAAACCAGCGUGACGUGCUGGCGACAAAGGCGAUUUCGGGUGCCGACUGCUGGACCAACCAUCGUCUCGUCAUCUCCAAGAUGCGGACUUGCCCGCAGCCUCGCAGGAGACUUCAAGGUAAACGUACCCCUAGGUAAGUCGAAUAUAACUUUGCUGUCGUUUCCUGUUCACCUUCUCCAUUUCAGCAGUGAGCUAGUUCAGCGACCAGCCAGCCUUCCAGUCGCUGCUCCCACCACCGCCGCCGCCACCGCGGCCGCCGACGAGAGCACCUCCGUGGAGAUCGGAUGGUGCCAACCAAGUGACACAGUCCAGUCGACGACGCUGGCCGUCAUCAAAAACCUGCUCGCCUAG